UACCAAGAUUCCAUAGCCUGCGGAACAGGUAACCUGACUUUAAAAAGUGCAAGUGUAAACUUGCUCAACUUUGAACUUGAACAUAAUUUGAAACUGAAUCUUACUUGUAAGACAACUUACAAGUUACACCAUGGUAUGGCCAGACCUGAAGAAGUGGAAACGGGUAUUCCUGCCUACUAAAUUAUUGAGAAACGGGAGAAAGAACAAAAAUAAAUCAACACUAGAUGGCAGUCGUGAUUUAUCGAAUAUCCCAAGAGAAACGACACGUCCUCCAAGGACUGUCCGGGACACUCGCCAAGUUCAUCCACAGGAACCAGAAAAAAUUAAUGUGAUAGGAAAAGACUGUACAAUUGUGGUGACAAAUUACGGUGAUCACUGGGAAACGUUGAGUAAAGAUUGCAAAGAGUCAAAAGAACCUGAUAUUUGGCAACUUAACAGUCAGCAGUUUGUUUUCGAUGAAAUUCGAAAGGAUUCUUUAGAAGAUUUUAGAGAUACCCCAAUACCAAGUAUAGAAGGUUGUCGGGAUAUCGACUGUCCCGUGGAAUACAACUCAAAAGGGUCUACGGUAGAAGAUCAAAAAUAUGGUUACUUUGUAAAAGGCGAGAGUUCUAAGUAUUUUCAGACUAACGUCACGUUUGACGAGAGUAGUACUAGUAGUGAAAACUGCAAGGGUAGCACCGGUAGUGAAGAACGUGAUGGUCAUUCUGAGCCCUCGUCAAGCUGUAUUGAAGGUGAAAACGUUGUGGAACAGAACUUGAAUGGAAGUUCCAUCGUCUCCAAGAAAAACAUUGAAAAACAUCUUAAUGGUUUCUGUGGUUACGUAAAUACUAAAGAAUGUGAUAGCGGUUAUUGGUCCAAGAAAAAUGGAGAAUGUUUUGAGACAGUCCACUUUGCUGAAGGUUUGCCAGAAUCACAAGCUGAAGUUUCAAAGUUCGAAGUAGAGAGAGAAAAGACAGACUCCAUAAAGAUUCAGUGUCUUCUGGAGCAAGAAAGAGAAAAUGUUCGUCACGAAAAACGAAGUGUGGCACAGCUGCAGCUUAGCAGGGAUGUCAUCAAUCUUGCUAGGACAUGUGGGCAUAGUCCUGUUGUGAGACUGUGUCGUGAUAUCGGUGGUGGACAUAGUCCUGUUGUGGCACUUUAUCGUGAUAUCACUGCUGGACAUAGUCCUGUUGUGGCACUUUGUCGUGAAAUCAGUGGUGGAUAUAGUCCGGUUGUGACACUCUGUCGUGAUAUCAAUGGUGUACGUUUCGAACAGCUUUGA